AUGGAGCCCACCUUGACCAGUCGGGCAUUUCGUUGGGCAAUAAUCAGUCAACCAAUUGCCCAGCCUUCAUCCGCCUCAAAGCUCGACUCGCUCAACCAGCCCAACCGCCUCUCGAACCGGGGCACAGCGUUUCACGCCAAGCUGACGGAUUUUGGCACAGUCACCUCCAUGUUGAAGUGCGUGGACUCCGACGAGCCGAGCCUGCUGGAGAAGGACCUGACUUUGCUGCUGAAUGUGAGCUUGGACGACGACAACAAGGUGGGUCUGGUGGCAGAAGGAGCGAUUGCUAGAGUCGUGGCGGUGCUGCAAGGUGGCUCGCCGAACAGCCGGGCCAUGGCUAAGACAAUGUUGACCAACUUGGCCGUCGUGGAGGUCAACAAGGCCACAAUCGGGUCAUACCCGUAUGCAAUUCGAGCUUUUUUUUUUCUCCUUAGGGACGGCAAGGGUCAGGAGAAGAAAGAGGCGGCGACGACGCUCUAUGCUAUCUGUCGUUUCAGGACAAUUGGCUGCGGGCGGUGCGGUUUCAAUUUUGAUCCCCACGAAAUAAAGCGGGUUGAACCCGCAUGA